AUGUUAGGCAAAGGAGUGGCUGGGUCUCCAGGUAGUGUAGGUGUUGGUGCAGACAUCUUAUCGCCCCCCUCAACCAUCUAUCUUACCCAACUAGUACAACCCUUGACCAUGCCUCGUUUUAACAAUCAUACCCCUGGCCCUAGGGCCUCAAAUCUCUACCCCCUUUCUUCUCAGAUGAGUCUCCCGGAGCCAUACAGUCCUUUAGAGAGGGUUCAAGUUCUGGGCUCGCCUAUUCAACUAGACUCUCAAGAGUCUUCUUGUCCCCCAAUUCUGAACGCGCCGCCAAUCGCGCCGCCUUUGCCAGUCAGCUGGCUUCCCCAUUGA